UCGCUCACGUGACUCAGUUUCACUGUUUACACGCGGGGCCGAGCUCGGAGCCUCAGUCAGGCGCUAGGCUCCGUUUCGGUUUCACUUCCGGUGAGGGGCCGCCUGCGAGCGGGCGGCGAGCCGACGGCGAGCGCGGGCGGCGGCGGUGACGGCGGCGCUGCUGCCGAGGGGCGUGCGGCAGCGCGGCGGCGGCGGCGGCUGGGCCUGGAGCGCCCGCAGCCCGGCUCUUGGGGGCGGGCUCCCGGCGCGAGCAGAGCUGACGAGAAGAUGGAGGAGCUGGUGGUGGAAGUGCGGGGCUCCAAUGGCGCUUUCUACAAGGCAUUUGUGAAGGAUGUUCAUGAAGAUUCAAUAACAGUUGCAUUUGAAAACAACUGGCAGCCAGAGAGGCAGAUUCCGUUCCAUGAUGUGAGGUUCCCACCACCUGUAGGUUAUAAUAAAGAUAUAAAUGAAAGUGACGAAGUUGAGGUUUAUUCCAGAGCAAAUGAAAAGGAACCUUGCUGCUGGUGGUUGGCUAAAGUGAGGAUGAUAAAGGGCGAGUUUUACGUAAUAGAGUAUGCAGCAUGCGAUGCUACCUAUAAUGAAAUUGUCACAAUUGAACGUUUACGAUCAGUUAAUCCCAACAAGCCUGCUACAAAAGAUACAUUCCAUAAUAUCAAGCUGGAUGUGCCCGAAGAUUUACGGCAAAUGUGUGCCAAAGAGUCGGCACAUAAGGACUUCAAAAAGGCAGUUGGUGCCUUUGCUGUAACUUACGAUCCAGAAAAUCACCAACUUGUAAUUUUGUCCAUCAAUGAAGUCACCUCAAAGCGAGCACACAUGCUGAUUGACAUGCACUUUCGGAGUCUGCGCACGAAGCUGUCUCUGAUACUGAGGAAUGAAGAAGCCAGCAAGCAGCUGGAGAGUUCAAGGCAGCUUGCCUCAAGGUUUCACGAACAGUUUGUUGUACGAGAAGAUCUGAUGGGUCUAGCUAUUGGUACUCAUGGUGCUAAUAUUCAGCAAGCUAGGAAAGUUCCUGGGGUCACUGCCAUUGACCUAGAUGAAGAUACCUGCACAUUUCAUAUUUAUGGAGAGGAUCAGGAUGCAGUGAAAAAGGCUAGAAGCUUUCUCGAAUUUGCUGAAGAUGUCAUACAAGUUCCACGGAACUUAGUAGGCAAAGUAAUAGGAAAAAAUGGAAAACUGAUUCAAGAGAUUGUGGACAAGUCAGGAGUUGUGAGGGUGAGGAUUGAGGCUGAAAAUGAGAAAAACGUUGCACAAGAGGAGGAAAUUAUGCCACCAAAUUCGUUACCUUCCAAUAAUUCAAGGGUUGGAGCCAAUACCUCGGAAGAAAAAAAACAUUUAGAUAUAAAAGAAAACAGCACCCAUUUUACUCAACCCAACAGUACAAAAGUCCAGAGGGUAUUAGUGGUUUCAACCACUGUAGCAGGGGAAUCCCAGAAACCUGAACUUAAGGCUUGGCAGGGUAUGGUACCAUUUGUUUUUGUUGGAACAAAGGACAGCAUCGCUAAUGCUACUGUUCUUUUGGAUUAUCACCUGAACUAUUUAAAGGAAGUAGACCAGUUACGUUUGGAGAGAUUACAGAUUGAUGAGCAGUUGCGACAGAUUGGAGCUAGUUCUAGACCACCACCAAAUCGUGCAGAUAAGGAAAAAGGCUAUGUGACUGAUGAUGGUCAAGGAAUGGGUCGAGGGAGUAGACCUUACAGGAAUAGGGGGCACGGCAGACGUGGUCCUGGAUACACUUCAGGAACUAAUUCUGAAGCAUCAAAUGCUUCCGAAACAGAAUCUGACCACAGAGAUGAACUCAGUGAUUGGUCAUUAGCUCCAACAGAGGAAGAGAGGGAGAGCUUCCUUCGCAGAGGAGACGGCCGGCGGCGUGGUGGGGGAGGAAGAGGACAGGGAGCAAGAGGACGUGGAGGAGGCUUCAAAGGAAACGACGAUCACUGCCGAACGGAUAAUCGCGCACGUAACCCAAGGGACGCUAAAGGAAGAACAGCGGACGGAUCCCUUCAGAUCAGAGUUGACUGCAAUAAUGAAAGGAGUGUCCACACUAAAACAUUACAGAAUACCUCCACCGAAGGUAAUCGGCUGCGCACGGGUAAAGAGCGUAACCAGAAGAAGGAAAAGCCAGACAGCGUGGAUGGUCAGCAACCACUCGUGAAUGGAGUACCCUAAACCGCAGAAUUUGGAAGUUCUGUUUCCUAUACCAUUUCUGUAAUUCUUAUUCCAUAUUAGAAAACUUUGUUAGGCCAAAGACAAAUAGUAGGCAAGAUGGCACAGGGCAUGAAAUGAACACCAAUUCUGCUAGGAAUUUUUUGUUUGUUUUUGGUACUGACCAUAAGCAACACUUUUGACAUUUGCACAAAAAUAUCUUGAAAUUUGGAUUCUUGCUUUUAAAUAUACUUAGCACUUCAGGGCGGGAUUUUCGUUUUAUCUUUCAAAGUACUGAGCAGUGAUAUUCUUUGUUAAUUUGGACCAUUUUCCUGCAUAGGGUGAGAACUCACCAGUACAUUUCAAUUUUUGGAAUAAAUAGCAUUUAUGGUAAUCAUACUAGACUUCUAUACUCAGUCUCAGAAAAGUCUCCAUGAAAUGCUAUGUCAUUUCAUGUCCUGUGUCAGUUUAUGUUUUGGUCCACUUUUCCAGUAUUGUUGUGGACCCCGAAAUGUGUGUGAUGUGACAUUUGUCAUUUUCAUUAGCAAAAAAAAAGUUGUAUGAUCUGUGCCUUUUUUAUAUCUUGGCAGGUAGGAAUAUUAUAUUUGGAUGCAGAGUUCAGGGAAGAUACGUUGGAAACACUAAAUGGUCAAGAUGUAGCAAACCCUGUCAAACAUUAGUACUUUCUAGAACAAUGCAUGCUUUGCAUAUUUUUUCUUACAUAAACAUCAGGUUAGGCAGUAUAAAGAAUAGGACUUGUUUUUGUUUUGUUGCACUGAAGUUUGACAAAUAGUGUUAUUGAAAGGGAUGUGUAAUUUUUAUGUAUAGACUGGAGAAGAAAUAACUACUCUUCAUUUGAGAGAGGCACAAAUGUUUUCAGCUAGGAACAAUUCUGGGGCGAAAGUCAGUCGAAUAUGCCUGCUCUUUGGCCUGAUGACCAAUUUUAACUUAGAUCCUUUUUUUAUUUUGUCCUCCAACUUUUGUGAAGUUUUUCAUAUUUUGAUUUCGAAGUUACUUUUCUGAGAAAACGAAGGUCAUUUCCAUGAUAAGCGUAAUUAUCCUGUAAAAUGCAGGUACUUUGUCUAAGGAACUUGGGAAGCAGGUGAAAUGUUUUGUAAACUUUGAAAUAUAAGGCCUGACAUAUAAGCAGAAUCAUAAAGCAGAAUAGAAUCGGUUAACAAAUAACACAAUUUUUUGAUUAUGUUUUUCUCUUUGUUUUUUUAUGUGUUUGGUUUCGGUUUUGUUUUUUGUUUUUCUUUUUUAACUAAUAAAAUUUGAUGAGGAAAAAUAUGUGAAGGACCUUCACUCUUAAGAUGUUAUAUUUUUCUUAAAAAGUAACCCCAAGUUAGGGGUACCACUGAAUCUGUACAGAGCCGUGCAAGCCGAAGUUCUGCCUCUGAUGUGUUUUGUGAGUUUGUUUCUUUGAAUUUUCAUUUUACAGUUAUUUUUCCUUGCAUACAAAUAAGCAUAUGAAAUGGCAACAAACUGCACAUGAUUUCACAAAUAUUAAAAAGUCUUUUAAAAAGUAUUGCCAAACAUUAAUGUUGAUUUCUAGUUAUUUAUUCUGGGAAUGUAUAGUAUUUGAAAACAGAAAUUGGUACCUUGCACACAUCAUCUGUAAGCUGUUUGGUUUAAAAUACUGUAGAUAAUUAACCAAGGUAGAAUGACCUUGUAAUGUAACUGCUCUUGGGCAAUAUUCUCUGUACAUAUUAGCGACAACAGAUUGGAUUUUAUGUUGACAUUUGUUUGGUUAUAGUGCAAUAUAUUUUGUAUGCAAGCAGUUUCAAUAAAGUUUGAUCUUCCUCUGCUAAAUUGAUGUUGAUGCAAUCCUUACAAAUGAUUGCUUUUAAAGUUUUAAGAUAGGAAAAGAAAUCUAUAGAAAGUGUUCUGUUACAAAGUGUAACUGUUACCACUGGCGAUGUCACAUGUCAUAGGAAGUUAGCUGUUAUCUACCAACUUUGAAGAACUUAAAUCUUGUUUAAUAAAACAAGUGAAAGAUCCAAGUGGUACAAAAAUGCAGUGUACCAUUACAAUAUGCACUAAGUCUUUUUUUUUUUUUUUUACCAAGGCUGAAUCCAGCAAGGCGCUAACUUGCUUAAAUGUGAAAUACUAACUUCUAAAACUGUAAUUUGAUUCACAUGUUUUCAAAUGGAGUUGGAAGUUGAUUCAUAUUUCAAUAUUUGUGUGCUAAACGUGUAUGUUUUCAGUUCAAAGUCAUGAUGUUUUUAAAAUCUUAUUAAAGUUUCAGAAUCUGAAGAUUGUUUAUCUAGAUGUAAAUUUUUAUUAAAAACUUGCACUUA